AUGAUUAUACUUAAAGGUCUUAAAUCUGGAGUUUAGUUCUCUAGUUAGGCUAUUAGAUUACCCCAUUAAUUGAGGAUGUAUUCCUCAGACAUAAGAAAAAAGCUUUUGAUUGAGACAGAUGAGCUCGAUGAAUUAAUUAAAAAGAAGCCCAGUGACUUGAAAAUAAUAAAUGGCUCAUUUUUCCUACCUAAAAUGAAGAGAAAUGCUAGAUAGGAGCAUAUUGACAAGAGAAUUCCCGGGGCCAGAUUUUUCGAUAUAGAUGAAAUUACAAAUAAAUCAUUUAAUAUGCCAAGGAUGAUACCUACUUUGGAAUAGUUUAAGCAACACAUGGAUGUAAUGGGUGUUCACAGAGAUGAUGAAAUUGUAUGCUAUGACAACCUUGGAAUAUUUUCGUCUCCUAGAGUAGCAUUUACUUUUAAAUACUUUGGUGCUGAAAGAGUGAGAGUUCUGAAUGGGGGGUUUGUUAAAUGGCUUAAAGAAAAUCGAUUAACUGAAUCUGGUCCUGAAAUUUCCACAGUUGAUACCAAUGAUUAAAAUGAAGAAAUAAAAAGGCCAUAUGAAGUAGUGGAUGAAGAGAGACUUGUAAAUAAGAUUGAGGAGAUGCACAGAAUCGCUUAUUUACUCAUGAAUAAUAUGAUUAGCACUCAGGUUAUAGAUGCAAGAAGCCCAGGGAGAUAUUUUGGAGAAGAAGAUGAAGGUCCAAAUGUAAGACGAGGCCAUUUUUAUGGAGCAAAGAAUGCUUACUAUCACGAUUUUGUUGAUUAGGAAACUUAAACAUUUAAAUCUGACAAAGAAAUCGCAAAAUAUUUCCUCAGCAAGGAUGUUGAUACCUCUCUGACCACAAUUUCAUAUUGUGGUUCUGGAGUCUCUGCUUGUAUUGCAAACUUGGCUCUUGAACUCAUGGGAAAUGAUAGAUAUACACUUUAUGAUGGCUCUUGGUCUGAGUAUGGAUCUGUCCCAGAACCACAUUUUGAAAGAUCAUCAAUGGACUAAACUAUCCCUUCUAUACUGCACAACGUAACUAAAUCUCAUAGUGACUAACUACAUCAUUAAUUUCUACAACAGGAUUAAAUGCAAAUCAAGUAAAUGGAGAUAAAUAGAAAAGAAAACGAGAUGAAAGAUGAACUAAAAAAGAGAUUUCCAAAACAUCUUUACAAUUCAGAUGAGUCUGAAUCUGACUAUGAUUUAAAAGAAGAGGAUAUGCAUCCUUAAAUAAGAAGUAAACUCAUUAAUAAAAAAUGA